AUGCGUAAAUCAGCACGUGAUAACAACGAUAACGGUGGUUCCGUAACUGGCUGGGAGGAUGAAGGCGGGUAUAUGAAAGCGAAAAUUCGAAAGUUGGAAUCCCAGUUUUCUGAAGAACCUAAGAAGUCGUCUAUAUUCUCUGGAAUUCGUGUUUACGUUAAUGGAUACACAGUGCCCUCAGCAGUUGAAAUAAAGCGCCUUGUCCAGGAGAAUGGCGGAACGUUUGUACAAUAUUACUCGCAAUCCGCUGGUGAUUUCAUGGUUGCUGCCAACCUUCCGCUGAAUAAAAUCAAGAAGAUUGGUGGUCAGAAAGUGGUCAAGGCAUCUUGGAUAACUGACAGGGCCGAAGACAUAACCAUCAAUUUGAUUCCAGAAAACGACUCAAACGACGUAUCUCUGAGUCCCAAGACAUUGAGUUGUCGGCCUACUUGUUCCUCCUCAAAAGCCAUCCUUGGUUCUGAAGAAAACACGCUUUGUCCGCACCUCCGUCGCGUUUCCGCCACCACCCCUCCCCCACCGCACCAUCGGUCCGUCGGUGGGUUUGCACCUGAGUUUGAGUGGCAGUACCCGCAACUCAACUCGCGUACCCGCGGACCUACGCCAUCCGAGUCUCCCGCUGAGCUUAAUCAUGGCGAUCAUGGGGCUGGUGCCCUAGGGGAGGCCCAAUCGGCUCUUGGCGAUUUCAGUGCCGCCUCAAUUACCAAAAAGCCUAGAGUUGAAGAUAUCCUCCCAACCGCAAGCGAUGGCUACAUUUCCCAAUUCUACUCGCGUUCACGCCUUCAUCACCUCUCGUCGUGGGCGUCGGAGCUGCGUGACCUGGUGCGCUCCCUCAGACAGGCCCAGGGGUCAGGCGACGCGGCCUGCGGCGAGGGCCAGCGCCGCCUGCGUACCGAGGUGGAGCAGCGUCUGGUUGCGUCGGCGUCGGUGGCUGAACUGACGCUGAAGCACGCGGGUGGUAAAGCAGCGUCAUCCGCUGGUGUGCUGCCACGUGUUCUGAUGCACAUUGAUAUGGACUGCUUUUUCGUCUCCGUCUGCCUUAGGAACAAUCCCGAGCUCAUUGGCCUUCCAGUUGCAGUAACUCACAGUAAGGGCAUGAAGACUGAGCUCACUGAAUUCGGUUCCUUAUCGGAAGUCGCUUCAUGUUCAUAUGAAGCUCGCCGAUUUGGCAUUACUAAUGGGAUGCAUCUGGGCGAGGCCCGCAAGCUCUGUCCUGAUUUAAAAACGGUACCCUACGAUUUCAAGGCCUUUCACAGCGUCUCUGAAGACCUUUAUAAACUGGUUGUCAAGUAUUCUCUACAAAUUGAGGCCGUGAGCUGUGACGAGAUGUACGUUGACGUGACGGAGUUACUCAACUUGAGAGAAGUUGAUGGAGAGUGCCUACGCCUGACGAAUCCCCUCAUUCUCGGCGAGGUGCUGCGGCGACACGUCUAUGAGGUGACUCAGUGCAGGGCUACCUGUGGCUUCGGCACCAACCGCCUGCUCACCCGAUUAGCCACAAAGCGUGCCAAACCGGACAGUCAAGCCUUCUUCCUCGGCUCCAAUUGGCGAUUAGCCGAGCGCCCGAUUGAAUCGAUCAAAAUCUACGAGGUCGCUAGUGAGGAGGGGCAAAAAUACUUUGAUGAUUUAAAUUUAUCGGAGUUACCCGGUGUGGGACGACAAAUGGUCAGAAGAAUUUCUCACAACUUUGGCGUCUCUACGUGCGGACAACUGUUAAAAGUGGUCUCUCCCACUCAGUUAUCCUCUUUGUUGGGUGUAAAGACAAGUCAAAGGAUUCUGCAGCUAUGUCAGGGCAAGGAUUCUUCUGAAUUGACUUUUGAUAGGUAUGCUAAGUCGAUAUCGGCUGAAAUAAACUACGGCAUUCGCUUAUCUUCGUGGUCAGAGGUGGAGAAGUUUGUGGGUGACCUGGCGAAGGAGCUCGCAGCGCGGAUGGCGAACGCUGCCGCGGAAUCCAGGAGCGGGUCUGGUGUGGUCGGCAAAAGUCUCGUCGUGCAUCUCCUAACUAGAAAGCCCGAUCAACCUGUGGAGCCUGCUAAGUUUAUGGGCCAUGGAAUAUGCAACAGUUGGACAAAAACCAUACCACUCCAUACCGCCACCGCGGAUCCCGUGGCAAUCGCGAGUUCCUGUCUGUUGGCUCUCCGUCGUCUCGGACCUCGUCCUGAUGACAUCCGCGGGCUCGGCCUGCAAAUGCAGCGCCUGUCGCCGGCCUCGCCGUCGGCCAGGCUGUCGCACCCGAGCAGAGGCGCCGUCCCUCUUGGCCCGCCCAACGAACCAACUGCGUCCAUUGUCAAAUUUCUCAAACCACAAAGUCCCAACUCAGGCAAGAAUCGUGCCACCGUCUCUGCACGUGGUAACAGUGAUUCCACCGAUACCCCCAGUGCGUCAACCUUGUCAGACAACAGCGUCGUCACACUGAGCGCUUCUCUUACAUCAGGUCAACCCCCGAGUCUGCACCCACUCAAAUCUGCUGACUCCUCGGACCACGUUAUCCCUGAGCCAACUGCUCUUACGGAUAAGCCGGUUAUUACUUCCACGCCUUCAGGAAUCUCAAUUGAAGUGACAGAAAAUCCAUUAAUGGAACCUCUUCCACAUCAGCCCGAUCGUCCCAUUGAAGAAGUCAACAUUUUUGCUGGAAGAUCAGUGGAGCAAUUGCAAACUAUGUUUGCGACGUGGGUUACAACAGAAUCGGAUCCCCUCGAGGAGGACCUGUGCAUGCUCGCGGACUACCUCAUCUCCAUCCUCCCCACCGACCUGUUCCGAGUCCGCAAGCUCCUUCGCAUCUUGCGACGCCUUUUGGACAACUUUGUGCCUGGUCGUGGAGCCGAGGGCAGCAAAACCGGGUCGCUUGCUUGGUGCAUUGCAUUCGACCGCCUCAAAUUCACCGUCGACAGGGCCUGUCGCCUGCACUACGGCGUCGACGCCCUAGCCCUCACAGACGAGUAG